AUGGAAAACCUUGGGCGAGGUAUCGUCGCUGUUCGUGCCCAGAACGACAGCGCUUUCAUCAGCUGGCGACUACUUGGUCUUGAUCCAGAAGACAUCGCUUUCAAUAUCUAUCGCUCAACUGAUGGCGCCAACGCGACGAGGCUCAAUCCAGAGCCUGUUACUGGCGGCACAAACUAUCUCGACUCCGGACCUGAUCUCAGCCAAUCUAACGAAUACUGGGCUGAUACGAAGCAAGAGCCGCUUAUACGUGUUCCCAUCAGAUCAGGUGAUCAGAUCAAGUACGUGUGGGUUGGCGAUCUUGAUGGAAGCGGCGAGUACGGUUACCUUGUUGACAGACAUGGCGUUCAGCAAAGUUUUGAAGCCUAUCGCAGCAACGGUGAAUUCCUGUGGGAGGCGGGUAUGGGGCCAAAUAGCAAGAACCAGAACAACAUCGAGCCGGGAUCAGCAGCCAUUGACGUCGGUCAUUGGGAUGGCUUGACCGUGUACGAUCUCGACAGCGAUGGAUUCGCCGAAGUCAUCGUACGCAUAGCGAAUGGUGUUGUAUUUGGCGACGGGGCCAUAUUUGACGAAGGCAGCAACGACGAUGAGCAAUUCAUCGCUGUUCUAGACGGCCAAACAGGUGCUCUUCGCGCAUCAAUCUCUAUUCCAAAUGACUAUAUAGAGCACGGCCCUUUCGCCGCACGUUUGGGCAUCGGUUACCUCGACGGCACCACACCGCACAUUGUAGGCUUCAUGAAGAACCGCCGUGACGACAAAGUCUUCAACCGUAUCAUGGCCGCAUGGACCUUUGACGGCAUCAGACUCAACCAAAAAUGGAUCUGGGACGACCAGAACGCUGGAGCAGGAUCUGACGGACACAACACGCGCAUUCUUGAUGUCGACGGCGACGGCGUCGAUGAGGUUGGCGAGAUUAUGUUCCUCCUUGAAGGAAACGGAACCAUGCGCUACUCGCUCACAGACUCAGGUAUCGGGCACGGCGACCGCUGGCAAGUCGCCAAGAUCGAUCCAGAAAGAUCGGGUCUACAGGGUUAUGGCGUCCAGCAAGAUAACCCAUCCAAGUUGUGGGAGUACUACUACGACGCACGUACAGGCGAGGUACUAUGGAAGCACUACGGUGACGCUGUCGGAGAUAUUGGUCGAGGCAUGAUUGGCGAUAUCGAUCCUAAUCAUCCCGGCAUGGAGUCCUGGAGUGCAGGCGGAAACGGACUGUACAACGCGCCCAGCAACUCCAGCAUCACCAAUAGUAGCGAACUCGCUCCCUGGGCUCAUCUGGGUCUCUGGUGGGACGGUGACGACACAAUGGAGCUGUACAACGACGGCAAAGUGGAAAAAUGGAACCCAGAGGCUCCUACUACAUCUUCCUCGCUACCCCGCUUGUUCCGCAUCAGCGAUUACGGUGCAGUGAACCCUGGUGACCCCAAUCCAGCUUUUCUAGGCGACAUAUUUGGUGAUUGGAGGGAAGAGGUCGUCACAACGAAUGAGGAUAUGAGUGAGCUGAUUAUCUUUACCACUGAUCAGCCGACGAAAAGGAGACUGUACACACUGGCGCACAAUCCAAAUUACCGAAACGGUAUGACGCUGAAGGGCUAUCUGCAGAAUGCCCAUGUAGAUUACUUCAUUGGAAAUGGCAUGGAGACACCACCGCAGCCGAACAUUCGGUUUACCAUCAAAACUGAUCCUAGCUUGAGAUCGCCAGCAACCUACUCAAUACGCAUCUACACGCGGUUCAGGCGCCCAUCACGUGGCCGCGCGAGUUGCAGCCAGAAUUGUGCCUCGCCUUCCAGUCCCAGGGAUACGAGAAUGACAUGGUCUAGGACCAAAUGCCUAGGUACAGGUACGGCGCUCAUGGAGCGCAGCGAGCCGUGCCGUCUGUAUUCAGUCAUGCAGAUUUACAUUCGUUACAUGCAUAUUGCAUUUUCUUUGUUGUUAUCAUCUGUACCCCAGACCUCUGCCGCGCAAGAUGGCCUUCGUCCUGAGCGCGUGGCCUCGCCACAACUGAAGAACAUACAUGCCGAAGAUUUCGAAAGCCUUGACAAACGCCAGAGCAACGGGACUGAGAAUUCGCCUGUUUUCUUCAGAGACAACAAUGUCUGGUACCGGGAUUCGAAUGGGCGAGAGGUGCAAAUGUCGACAACAGGAACGGAAGAUAGUCCCUUCAGCAACAUAACGUACCCCUCACCGGGCAACGAAUUUGUCGUCGUAUUCCAAUCUACGCCCGCCCAGGAUCACAUAGUGUACGAAGUCGAGUCGAGCCCUUACGACCAGCUGCAACCCCGCUUGCAUCAAUUCCAGUACCUUAAGCCUGGUGACAAUGUGACCAUUGAUCGGCCUCGAAUGUUCGAUUUGACGAACAAACGCGAGGUUGCCACGGACAAUACGUUAUUCGAGAAUCCAUACCAGAUCUACUCACUGGAUGGUGGGUGGAACGUGGAAGGCACCGAAUUUCGCUUCAUUUACAAUCAACGGGGACAUCAGGUUGUGCGUAUAGUUGGCAUGAGUACUAACGGACGUGUGCGCGCCCUAGUAGAGGAGAAAAGCGAUACCUUUGUUGAUUAUUCACAAAAGCUCUACUACAAGGAGCUCAAGAGUUCAAAUUCAAGCGAGUUGAUUUGGGCCAGUGAGCGCGACGGUUGGAAUCAUCUCUAUCUGUACGACAUGGAAAGCGGGAAAGUGAAAAACCAGAUCACGGAAGGAGAAUGGGUUGUGCGCUCCGUGGACUACGUCGACGAGAUGAAACGACAAAUCUGGAUCAAGGUUCUUGGUGCUGUAUCUGGCCAGGAUCCCUACUACGCCCACCUAGCGCGAGUAAAUUUCGAUGGUUCAGAUUUCAAGAUCUUGACCGAAGGCGACGGCGACCAUUCCUGGUCAUUCAACGACGACAGAUCGACCUUUACAGAUACAUGGUCUCGCAUGGAUAUGGCCGAGAAGACCGUCACGCGUGACGCCGAGACUGGAAACAAGACCGCCGAUGUUUACGAAGGCAAUCUUGACUCUCUCCUCUGGCCCAUACCCGAGCGCUUUGCAGCCCCAGGCAGGGACAACUCUACCCUGAUCUACGGCCUUGUUUUCCGCCCUUACCAAAUGGACAACAGCACGAAGUACCCCGUUAUCGAGAAGAUCUACGCUGGACCACAUGACUUCUUUGUACCAAAAGCGUACAUGAGCCACGACGAAGCCCAUCGGAUUGCAAACCAGGGUUUUGUUGUCGUCCUCAUCGACGGCAUGGGCACCAACUGGCGCUCCAAGGCUUUCCAUAACGUAUGCCACAAGAAUCUCAAAGACGCAGGAUUCCCCGAUCGGAUUGCAUGGAUGAAGGCGGCCGCUUCAACCCGCCCUUGGAUGGAUAUCAGCCGCGUUGGAGUAUAUGGAGGUUCCGCUGGCGGUCAGAAUGCUAUGAGUGCUCUUCUCUUUCAUAACGAUUUCUACAGCGUCGCUGCAGCAGAUUGCGGAUGUCAUGAUAAUCGCAUGGACAAGUUGUGGUGGAACGAGGCAUGGAUGGGGUACCCCGUCGACCAGAGCUACGAAGAUAGCUCCAAUGUUGUGAAUGCAGGAAAGCUAAAAGGCAGCCUGCUACUUACUGUUGGCGAGCUGGAUACGAACGUCGAUCCGGCAAGCACGAUGCAGGUUGUCAACGCGCUCACCCAAGCAGACAAAGAUUUCGACUUGGUGGUUAUUCCGGGAGGCGAGCAUGGAGUCGCAACCACGAAUUCAUAUGCGUUGCGAAGGACCAAGGAUUUCUUGUACCGGAAGUUGAAGGGCACAGAGCCACCGAAGUCUUGGUUCUAG